UCUCAUACCACAUGACAGCAAUAUGACCUAACUGGGACGGACGGGACCAUGGGGAAAGAAGCUCGUACAAGAAAUGUUUGGCGACAACGAAGGAAACGUCGAGAAGUUAUAUUCCUCGUGCUAGCAGGACUGAUGCUUUGUGCUACGAUCGUGGUACAGAUACUAAAGCCAGCUGGACGGAGUGUUGAGGUUUCGGCGGUCGAUGGGAGGACGCAACACAAUGAAGGAAGUCGCGUUAAGAGAGCUAUUGAACUGUCAGCGACAGAGGAGCCCCAGAAUUGCACAAAGCGUUCAGUGGAGGAAUUUCCCCCUGAUCUCUUCACCCUUGAGCAAAAACAGCGCUAUGGCCUCAUUUUUCUUCACUGUCUGGGAGCUUUGUACAUGUUCAGUGCGUUAGCUAUUGUCUGUGAUGAUUAUUUUGUGCCUUCUUUAGAACAUAUCUGUACAAGGCUAGGUCUGUCACCAGAUGUCGCCGGGGCAACCUUUAUGGCUGCUGGAAGUUCUGCGCCUGAACUAGCCACAUCUAUAAUAGGUGUAUUUAUUGCACAGAGUGACGUCGGGCUUGGAACCAUUGUGGGAAGUGCAGUCUUCAACAUACUCAUCAUUGUUGCUAUGUGUUCCCUUUUUGCUGGCAUGGUGAUUCCACUCACUUGGUGGCCUCUGUUUAGAGAUUGUUCCUACUAUGCUUUGUCUGUUAUAGUGUUAACAGUUGUGAUACAAGAUGGGGAAGUUCACUGGUAUGAAGCACUAAUAAUGUUUACAAUGUACAUUCUAUAUGUGACAUUUAUGUACUUCAACCCCAGAGUAAGUAGCUGGGCAAUUGCAAAGGUUCAUGAAUUUCAACAUAGACGUGGACAUUUUCCUGGUAACUUAAAAGGGCACGCAGGAGAAGAAUCCGCCCCACUUUUAGGAGAAGAUGCAGAAAAAUCCAGUGUCAGCUUCAAAAGUGGAGAAACAGAAACCCACUUUGGAGGAGAGAAUUCUGCCACAGAAAGUGAAGAUGAUGAAGACUUUGAAUCCCCAUGGACCGUCCCAGAAUCGUUUCUAAAACGUUUCUAUUGGGUCGCAAUGUUGCCUGUGUCGGCCUUGCUCUUCUUGACAGUACCUGAUUCUCGCAGGGGUGGAGUCUGGAAAAGACUUUUUCUGCUCUCGUUCAUCAUGUCAGUGGUGUGGAUAUCUGGUUUCUCCUACGUGAUGGUGUGGAUGGUUGCUAUAAUGGGUGACACCUGGAACAUCCCUGAUGCUGUGAUGGGGUUGACGAUUCUUGCUGCUGGCACAAGUGUACCUGAUGCCAUGUCCAGUUUGUUUGUGGCUAGAGAUGGUUUUGGGGAUAUGGCAAUCUCAAAUUCCGUCGGGAGCAAUAUCUUCGACAUCCUGUUGUGCCUAGGACUACCAUGGAUGAUAGAGUGUUUCCGGGUUGGCGCCCCAGUCGACAUCAAUAGCAAAACCAUUGUGUUUACGUCCAUUUCCCUAUUGGCAACUGUCAUAUUUCUUCUUGUAGCUGUGGCGGUCAAUGGAUGGAAAUUGAAUAAAAAAUUUGGUAUUAUAUGUCUGUUUGUAUAUGUAGUAUUUAUGUUAUUUUCGUGUAUGUAUGAACUUAAUGUAUUUGGGGAAAUUAACUUUCCCUCAUGCCCCAGGAAUUUUGUUUAAAACAUAUUUGUGUUUAUAUAAUUUCUAUAAAAAUGUGCAAUUAAUUUGUAUUUGUGUCAGUUGGUAGCAAGUGAGGUGUUGAAUAUAUACGUUGACUGUUAGUCCUUUAUACAGCAAAGAAAUGAUGUUCUAGUGAAUUUCCCUCAUUUUACUUUAAUUGUGUAGAUGUACCAUGUCCAAUUAUGUUGAAAAAAUUACUAUUUUUUGUUUUAAGUUUCUAAUUUUUGAGUCACUCAUUUAACGGGGAUGAAGACUGGUGAAUUACACUUGUAAUGUUAAAAUGAAAGUUCAGAAUUAAUCAUUUAUAAAACGUAAUUUUCUUCUUUGUUUUGAAUUGAAUAUGUUGUGGUGAUAAAUUGAAAAUUGUUGAGAAUUCCAGGGAUUUUUUUCUGCACAAUGUUGUAUGCAUUUUUGAGAUUUGUAUGUUGUUCUUUUAUUAAAAAUAGAUACUUACAUCUUUUCGUAGCAUACAGUUCAGACGCUUUUUUUGUUUUAAUUACUCUUAUCGUGAAAUGUUCCAUUUGGUAGGGCGUCAAGUUCCCAUUUCUUUCUUCACGAUUUUUGGAGAUAUUCCUUUUUAUUCUUUGAUGGACUUGAUGUGGUUUUUGUUUGUCACUUCCAUGUUGAUUGUAGUAAAACAGUAAUAGAGAACGUGUGGGAAAAUUGCUUGUGGUACUGUAGCUUUGUCAAUGUCAAUGUCGUGUACGCUCUCUAAAAGACAUUUUGAACUCGACGUCCUGUAUUAUUAUUAGCACAAUUAUAAUAAUUCCGUUGUUUAAGUAUAUAAAAGUAUUUAUUAGUAUACAGAAAAUGAUGUUUUCAUAUGUGGAAAAAUACGUUUAUACGUUAGUGCCAAUUAAAUUACGAAAAUUAAGAGAGUAACGUGCCAGUGUCAAAUUUGAAUGUCCGUAUAGAAAAUUAGGUUGUUAUGUAGAAAGUUGACAACGAGAAUGUUUGUAGAUUAUGUACUGUUAUACGAUGUGUUAAGGACAGUUAUUGAACUGUAGGUAAUUCCAAAUGAUUGAUUUCUUUUCA